AUGGAGUCGGAUUCGAACUUCACAUCAGUACUCCCGGGCUCUAGGUAUGCGGGAGUAUAUGUGCCUUCUCAAGUUGACUACGUGGUCGAAGCCGUAGCCAACUCUGGGCCAUGGACAAUCCUGUUUACCCUGUUGGCCAUUUUGGUCGCCUAUGAUCAAGUCAUGUAUAUCGUCCGAAAGGGCUCGAUUAUUUGUUGUGAUCGCCUCGACUCGAGAUAUGUCACGCAAGAUAUUCAAUUCCCUGGGUUCGUGAAGCCCUGUGUCGUCGAUGUCGCGCACAAGCUCCUAGGAGCCGACAACUGGGUUUUCUUGGACGGGCGGCCCCAUGUGGAUUUCCGAAAAGGUCUCAACGGGCUGUUCACUAGGAAGGCACUUGAAAGCUAUCUUCCAGGCCAGGAAGAGGUAUACCAAGCAUACUUCAAAAAGUUUGUCCAAAUUACAAAGGAAAAUGGGGGACAGCCUGUUCCCUUCAUGCCAGAAUUCCGCGAGCUGAUGUGCGCCGUGUCAUGCCGAACUUUUGUUGGACAUUACAUCUCCGACGAGGCCGUAAAGAAGAUCGCGGACGACUACUACCUUAUUACUGCCGCACUUGAAUUAGUGAACUUUCCUAUUAUUAUCCCCUACACGAAAACCUGGUAUGGGAAGAAAGCAGCCGACAUGGUCCUUAAGGAGUUUUCUAUUUGUGCGGCUAAGAGCAAAGUUCGUAUGGCAGCAGGAGGGGACGUCACUUGCAUCAUGGACGCCUGGAUCAAGUCAAUGCUAGAAUCCAAGCGAUGGCGAGAAGCACAAGAACAAGGACUACCGGUAGAGGGCAUGGAAAAACCAUCACCGCUGCUGAGGUGGUUCAAUGAUUACGAGAUCUCGCAGACCGUCUUUACCUUCCUCUUCGCCUCUCAAGAUGCGACCAGCAGCGCCGCUACAUGGCUAUUCCAAAUCAUGGCACAACGACCCGAUGUCCUAGAUCGAGUGCGAGAGGAAAAUCUCCGAGUUCGUGAGGGAAACAUUCAUACAGAAAUUGAUAUGGAUCAGCUUGAAUCUCUAAAAUACACGCGCGCUGUUGUCAGAGAGCUUCUUCGCUAUCGACCACCGGUACUAAUGGUGCCUUACGUUGCGAAGAAGGCAUUUCCUAUUACUGACACCUAUACAGUUCCUAAAGGAGCGAUGAUUAUCCCGUCUACCUACCUUUCACUACGGGAUCCCGAGGUCUACGAGGACCCUGAUGUAUUCAACCCUGACCGAUAUUAUUCCGGGGACGCAGAGCUGAAGGGUGCCAAGAAUUACUUAGUAUUUGGUACUGGUCCUCAUUAUUGUAUUGGGCAAACGUACGCUCAGCUCAACCUCGCCCUCUUCGUCGGAAAGGCAUCUAUUCUCCUAGACUGGAAGCAUUAUCCCACUCCCAAAUCAGAAGAGAUCAAGGUGUUCGCGACCAUCUUCCCUCAAGUAGGUUGA